GCAGAUCUGAAUGUUCCAGCAGAGGUCCUGUGAUCUGAGCUCAUGAUGGAAGAGAGGUCCAAAUAAUGAGGAAGAUAAAGGCUGCAGCAAAGACAUGUAGGUUCUCACACUGCCAGCAGGGAGCAACAGAGAGCAGAGGGGAGGAAAAGGAGGGAGGGUCCAUGGAGGACUGAUUGACAGCUGGGAGGCGGAGCUUAACACACAGUUCAGAGCUGACAGCACGAGAGACGGUCAGACCACACAGAGACAGAGACUGGGAACAUGGUGUCAAACUGGAAUAUACUCCACCAGACAACACACUGCAGAGAGCAUGGACUCUGAGUCUUUGGACCGCUGCAUCCAGAAAGCUCUGGCAGCCGUCUACCCGCCCUUCCAGGCCACGUCCCCCACCCUCCUGUGUCAGGUCCUCAGCGUGGUGGACAGCUGCUUCAGAGGAGACGGUCUUCACUACCUCAUCCACUUUCUGCUUCCUUCAAAGCACUUUCUGCAGAACCUCCAACAGGAUGCCUGUACUCCGUUCUCUGGUCUGCUGUUCCGUCAUGAAGGCUGGCCUCUGUGCAUCCAUGACAAGAUAGUCGUUCAGCUCUGUCCUCUGGACCAGCACCUCCUCCAUCCAGGAGACUUUUACCUGCUGGUUUCUCCUGCUGCAGCUACUCUAGCUUGUGGAGCACACAGCGCCUCCUGCAGGAGCAGCGUCUCCGUCAACCCCUGUCUGCUCCUGUGCAGCGUUUCAGCGGGGAGCCGUCAUGUCGAGCAGCAGGAGGUGCCGCUCGAAGCUCUGACCUCACUCUUCAGCAUGGCCUGGCUGGAUUCUGUAAACAGAGAGAGGGAGCGGCGAGGGGCCACGAGGCUGGAGCGCUGCGUCCUCUCCGCCCAUGGAGAUGUCUUCAGGGUCCCCUGGGAGGACGUGGUUUACCCUCAGUUCAUCAAUCGGCCACGGACCACCACAAACCAGGAGAGGGAGUCUUCUUUGAAGGACAAAAAUGAUCCACGCCUCUCAAAGAAGGAUGUGAAGCUCCUCCCAUUUCCAGCUAAACCCAACCAGUCAACAGUGAGCAGUGAUGAUGAAGACUCGGAGGGGGAGUACGUGGAGCUGACCGAGCUGCCGGUGCUGACUCGUUUCUCCCCCCAGAAAGGAUCCCUGACCCAGUCCAUCAGUCUGCAGCACCGAACCAGGACCACAAUACACACCAAGUUACACACUGAUACACUCACACCUCACACUGAAAUACAGAGUACUUCUCACACCAACACACACCUACAUCAGCUCAGCACAGAAACAUCUCAGAACACCAGGACACCUUCUACUACUGUCACACCCUCUUCCAUAGCCCACUUCAACAGUAACACACACUCCUGUUUCUGCACGGAGGUCAGCUCACACACUCUACAAUGCUGCAAACUCCGGGGGGAGAACUUCAGUCAGGAUUCCUCUGGAGUUCUCCACAUAUCUUCUGGUCCCCCCAUCACCUGCUCUGCUCCUCCUGAGGUCAAGGAGCAAACAGAAGGUACCACCUCAGGAGGAAGUCCUAACAUGCAUGCUCAACCUGAACGCUGCACACAUCACGGAGAAGGUAAGGAGAAUGAACAGAAGGUGGGAGAGGAGGAGCAGGGAAAAGAGGAAGAAAAGGAGGCAAAUAAUAGAAGAUCUGAGGGUUUGGAGUCAGUAUGUGGAGAAAGGGAGGAACGACUGCAGCAGGUAAAGGAGACAGAGAGUCAGAGCAAAGAGGAGGAGGAGGAGAGUGAGGAAGGUAAUAGAAAUGAAGCACAGUUAGAGGAGGUGGAAGAGGAGGUUCAGAGUCAGGAAAGAAAGGAGGAGCAAGUGAUGAAUGUUAAGAAGGAAGGAGAAGUUGAAGAGAAGAAGACAGGAUGUGAAGAGUACAUAGAUAUAGACCUUUACCCUGAAAAUGAACAACAAAGGCACUCUGAGGACUCUUACUCUGAAGCUGUCAUGAAACAAUUCCCAGGGGACUCUUGCUGUAAACACAUGACUACCAAUAAACGCCCAGAAGACUUUUAUUUCGAAAAUAUCACAGAAAAAAUAAACCCAGAGGAUUCUUGUUGUGAAAAUAUGACCCAAACAACACAUCCAAGGGACUUCCAGUUUAAAAGUAUCAUAGAAAGAGAACAGUCUGAGAGUUAUUUUGAAAAUAUCACACAAAAGUCAAAUCCUGUCAACCAUGCUUCUGAAAAUGAGACACAAGAAAAUGUCUCUGAAUACUUUUAUUCUGACAGCACAAUACAGACACAGUCUGAAGACUCUUAUUUUGAAAUUGGUUACCUACAGAGACCCUCUAAUAAGUUAGAGGGCUUAAAUUCUGGGCAUGAUUUCCCUGAGGAGUUUAAAACUAUACCUAGAGUCCUCAAAUCUGAAGACUCUUAUUCUGAAAAUCUCAUACAACAAACACAGCCUGGGGACUCUUAUUCUGAAAACCAAACACAGCCUGAGGACUCUUAUUCUGAAAACCAAACACAGCCUGAGGACUCUUAUUCUGAAAACCAAACACAACCUGAGGACUCUCAUUCUGAAAAACGAUCACAGACCAAAGACUGUUAUUCUGAAAAACAAACACAUUUUAACGACUCUUAUUCUGAAACACAAUCACAGUCUAUAGGGUCUUAUUCUGAAAAACAAAUACAAGCAGAGGACUCUCAUUCUGAAACACGAACACAGCCUGAGGACUCUUAUUCUGAAAACCAAACACAACCUGUGGACUCUUAUUCUGAAAACUGGAUACAACCUGAGGACUAUUCUGAAAAUCCAACAAAACUAACACAACCUCAUGAUUCUUUAAAAAAUAAAAAUCAAACGCAACUAUGGGACUCUUAUACUGAAGAUCUUGCACAAUCUGAGGAAAAACCUACACAACCUGUGGACUCUUAUUUUGAAAACCAGAUACAACCCCAGGACUAUCCUUCUGAAAAACAAACACAACAGGAGGACUCUUAUUCUGAAAAACAAACACAACAGGAGGACUCUCACACUGAAGCACAAACACAACUGGAAGACUCUUAUUCUAAAAACCAGAUACAACCUGAGGACUAUUAUUCUGAAAAACCUACACAAUUGGAGGACUCUUAUUAUGAAAAACAAACAGAAUGGGAAGACUCUCAUUCUGAAACACAAAAACAACUGGAAGACUUUUAUGCUGAAAACCAGAUACAACCUGAGGACCAUUAUUCUGAAAAACAAUCACAACUGGAGGACUCUUAUUCUGAAACACAAACACAACUGGAAGACUCUUAUUCUGAAAAACAACCACAACCUCAGGACUCUUAUUCUGAAAAACAUAUACAAGCAGAGGACUCUUGUUCUGAAAACCAAUCACCUGAGGACUAUUCAGAAAAUCCAACACAACCUGAUGACUCUUUUAAAAAUGAAAAUCAAACACAACUUCAGGACUAUCAUUCUGAAGAUCCAGCGCAGUCAGAGGAAAUACAAACACAAUCUGUGGACUUUUAUUUUGAAAACCAGAUACAACCUCAGGACUAUCAUUCUGAAGAUCCAGCGAAGUCAGAGGAAAUACAAACACAAUCUGUGGACUUUUAUUUUGAAAACCAGAUACAACCUCAGGACUAUCAUUCUGAAGAUCCAGCGCAGUCAGAGGAAAUACAAACACAAUCUGUGGACUUUUAUUUUGAAAACCAGAUACAACCUCAGGACUAUCAUUCUGAAGAUCCAGCGAAGUCAGAGGAAAUACAAACACAAUCUGUGGACUUUUAUUUUGAAAACCAGAUACAACCUCAGGACUAUCAUUCUAAAGAUCCAGCACACUCUGGGGAAAAUCACACAGAACAUCCUCCUCCUGUGUCGAUUGAAGGACAGGGGAAUGGAGAUGACCAGAUGUACAAGGAGAAAGAAGAGGAGCAGCUUUGUGACAAGAAUGUUGGACGAAGAUCCACAGAUCAUCAGCCUGAAGGUUCCACUUGUGAGUGUCUCCCUGACCACUCACACAUCAGUGCUGGUUCCAGUCCAGAAGAACCAGAAAAUCCAUUAGUUGCCCCGGCCCAGUCUUCCCAGUCCUCCCAGUCCAGGUUCCACGUCAUGUUGCUGAGGUCUGGAGCUGUGUGCCUGCCUGGAACCAGAGACAGAGCAGGACGAGCUCUACUCACCAUCUCCACCUCGAACCCUGUCUGGUUGAACCCAGACUGUGACCGUGUGGAGCUGCUCCGCCUCCUGCUCUACUACAUCUCCACCCUCAGGAUGGAGGCUCGGGCAAAGGGGCUGACUGUUUUGGUGGAUGUGCGGCGGGCUGCUCCUGGAUCUGCCAUUUUCCCUGCCUUCCAGACUCUGCAGGAGGACAUGCCGGGCUCCAUCCACACAGUUUUAAUCCUGGCUAACAAAGACUCAUCACUGCGUCUGGACAAAGCUGCUCCUGCACAGGUGGAGGUGCUGAGCUCAUUGAAGUCUCUGCAGAGGCACAUGGAGCUCCAGCAGCUUCCUGAGGAGUUCGGAGGGUCGUUUAGCUUCAGUCAGAGCAGCUGGAUCAGCUUCAGAUCGAGGGUUGAACAGCUCACCAAACAGUGCACAAACGUCAUCGAUCUGCUGCAGGAAACCAUCAGCACCCUGCAGGGCACACCUUUACCUGCUGCUGCUGAGGAUGCAGAGCUGCUGCUGUCUAAGUACAGAGCAGUGAUGUGCAGCACCCUGGAAGACAUUCGAUUGGUCCAGCUGCAGCAGGAGGGCGGGGCCUCUCUGGCAUGGCUGCGCAGGGAGGAGGUCAGCGGAGUGUCGGAGGAGCAGCGGGCGGCGGUGGAAAGUGUAUCAUCUCUCUAUGAUCAGGUGGACGAGCUGCUGCACCGCCUGGUUACUCUGUCCAACUCCAAGAUGCAGGAGCUCAGCUUCAUCGUGGAGUUCAGGAGCCUGGAGCAGGGCUUCAGCCAGGUGAGGACCUGGCUGGACGAGGUCGGUGAGGUUCAUCUAAAGACUCUGAAUGAACAUGCAGAUUCUCUGGAGCUUUUAAACCGAAAGCAGCAGGACUUCAAGGAGUUCCACACCACAGCAUAUGACCACUGUAAACAGGGCGAGGCUCUGCUGACCCGUCUAGAGCGCUGGGAUGACGUCUCUUCACCAGACCUCCACAUCUACGAGGUCAAAGUUCACUCAUUCUGGGCUCAGCUGCAGGAUUUCUCUCAGCGGGUCAAAGGCACCGGGCAGAACAUUGAGCGGGCCGUGCAGCUGUACCGCUUCUUAGAUCAGGCCUAUGGCUGGGCGCUGGAGGGAAUGCGUCAGCUCGCUGCGAUCUCCAUGGAGGACUGCACACAGCCAGACAAAUGCCGUGCUGUGAUUGGCUGCCUGGAAGACUAUCGCUUAAAGCACUCACCAAUCCCAGAGAGCCGUUUCCAGGAAAUGAAGGCGGAAGCAGGGGAGCUGCGGGGCGAGCGCGGCCUCCGUCAGUGGAGCUUCGCCUGGUCCAAGUGUCAGGAGACCAAGAAGAUGUUUGACAGGAAGAUGGAGGCAGCGCUCAGGACACGGGACUCCGCCCACAGGCACCGCUCCAACUCUGUCAUCAGCACAAGCUCCGCCUCCUCCAGGAAGUCUGGGUUGUGGGGAAUCUGUGAGACUUCCUUUUACCCCCUUGAGGAGGAGACCAGCACUUCCCCCUCCCCUCCCACCCCCCAGCGCACACCUUUCCUCCGCCGUCUGCUCCGAAGCUCCUCCUACAUGGAGUCAGAGCGGCAGGACGUCUGCGCCCCAUUUCCCAGCCUCAGCCGCCUCAACUCCUCCCCUAGCUUCACCCCCUCUUUCCCUAGCGUCCCUUCCUCUCCCAGCUUCCCGUCCUCCUCCUCCUCGUCUAGGAGGCAGCAGCUGAGGAAGACUCAGAGCUUCGACUGCCCGUCCACACCUGAAGUGUCGCGGUGCGGUGUGUCUCCUCGGAUCGUCAGCGAGCCGCCACACAGAGGAAACACAGGUGUAUUCAUCCGCGGCCUGGAGGUCAGCAGCACUGAGGCAGCGGAUCGGACCCUGUGUCCCAGAACACCGGUUCAGGGCUGGGCUGUACCACAGAGUCCCGGGACGCCCGGGACCUCUACAGGAGAAAGCCGCCCCCGAGGAAGCAAACUACGGCAUAUCGUGGAGGAGAUGGUAACCACGGAGCGCGAGUACGUCCGCUCGCUGCGAUACAUCAUCCAUCACUACUUCCCAGAGAUGGAACGGGCCGACCUUCCUCAGGACCUGAGAGGGAAACGCUCCAUCAUCUUCGGAAACCUGGAGAAGCUGCUGAACUUCCACAGCCAGUUCUUCCUGAGGGAGCUGGAGGCCUGCUGGAAGCACCCGCUGAGAGUGCCACACUGCUUCCUGAGACACCAGGAGCAGUUCAGCCUCUACGCUCUUUACAGCAAGAACAAACCCAAAUCUGACGCUCUGUUGGCCAAUCACGGCCACGCCUUCUUCCGGAGGAAACAGCUGGAGCUCGGCGAUAAGAUGGACCUGUCGUCCUACCUGCUGAAGCCCAUCCAGAGGAUGAGUAAAUACGCCCUGCUCCUCACUGACCUCAUCAAGGAGGUGGGCGUGGCACAGGAGGCGGAGCUUACAGCGCUGCAGGACGCCACCAACAUGGUCAAAUUCCAGCUUCGCCAUGGCAACGACCUGCUGGCUAUGGAUGCCAUCAGAGACUGUGAUGUGAAUCUGAAGGAGCAGGGUCAGCUGAUCCGCCAGGAUGAGUUUACUGCCUGGAGUGGCAGGAGGAAAUGUCAGCGUCGCAUCUUUCUUUUCGAGGACCUGGUUCUGUUCAGUAAACUCAAGAAGAUGGAGGGAGGACUGGACGUAUUUAUAUACAAACACUCCUUUAAGACUGCAGACCUCGGUCUGACCGAGUCCAGCGGGGACAACGGGCUCAAGUUUGAGAUCUGGUUCAGGAGGAGGACCACCAAGAACCAGACCUUCAUCCUCCAGGCUGCUACAGUGGACAUCAAACACGCCUGGACCAUCGACAUUGCCCAGAUCUUGUGGACCCAGGCCUCCCGGAACAAAGAGAUGCGUCUGAAGGAGAUGGUGUCGAUGGGUGUGGGGAACAAACCGUACCUCGACAUCCAGCCGAGCGAUGCCGCCAUCAGCGACCGGGCGGUCCACUAUAUCAUGAAGGCCAGAGGAGCCAGAACCAGGGCCUCCAUCGCUGUGUCUGCGUUUGACCACGCCCACCCCUUUCAGAGAGGAGCUACAUCUGAGCCCACAGCAUCAGGACCGUCCUCCUCCAGCCUGCUGGGGCCGCUCAACCUGCACAUGUUCAGCCAGUCACUCCCCUCUGCUCCUCCCACCGACGUCACCUUCAGUUCUUCAUGCAUCGAGGAAGAUGAGCUGGAACAUGAGACCAGCAGCCAGCCCUCCAUGACCACAGAAAGUUCUGGCUCCUCCUCCCACUGCCUCUCCGGCUCCACAGGCUCUGACAGCGGCUGUGUCUCCUCCCUCCUCCAGGAGGCGCUGCAGGAGGAGCCCAGCCCCCCCUGCCAGCCUUCCUCCUCCUCAUCAUCAUCCACCAACAAACAGCACCAGAACAGUGACUUUAUCUCACCUGAAGCGGCUGAGGUCGUCAGUGCUGCGAUGGUCGUCUGACACUGCUGUUGUGGUGGUUCCAGGAGGAACGUCGGAGUCCCAGCAGAACAUUGGAUUCUUCUUACUGUAAAUAUUCCUGUUAGAUCCAGUAAGCCGGUACUGAUCCAGGCUCAGUCUGCAGGUGGCUUGACGCUCCGACUGUACAUGUGUGUAAAUAUUCCCGCAGCGGGAAGUCUGCUGGAACUUUUCUAACCUGAGUAAUAAACACGUUUGAUGAAAGCUGA